AUGGCAUUACGAAGGAUUCAAGAUGAAAAUGCUUAUCAAACAUGUGUAAGUCAAGCUCGUUCACUGAAUAAUUUAGAUAAACGUAUUAUUUGUCCAAAUUAUACAUAUGUAUUUUAUGCUGAAUUGGAAAUUAAUUUAAAUUGGAAUUUUCAUGAUUGUUCAGAACGAUGGAGUCUGUAUUUUGUAAAUAUUCCUCUACCAAUAGGAUGGAAUUAUAACUUUGAUGUGAAUGAUUGUACUCCUGCUCAAAUAUUUGUAUACCCAUAUGAUAAAAUAAUAAUAUGUCACAAUGCAAAAAUAAAGUAUCGUUGUUCAAUUUGUAUAAAUGAAUGGACAACAGCACGUGGCAGAGCUAUAUUUCAAGCAGAAUUCCCAAUAAUUGGUAAAUAUAAUUUUUUAUGUGUGGAUCUAUGUACACAACAAUGUCGAUUAUGUGGAGAAGAAACUCAACCAUCGUGGUAUUUGAAUGAAGCAACUCGAGUCAUGAAAAACAUAUGUCGAAUACUAAUAGAACAAUUUUAUCCACAUCGAAAUUUUACAUUACCAAUAUAUCAAACGUCUCCUUCCGAGGAAGAAGAAGUUCAACAACGAACAAGUCAAACACAUGGUCAUCACCAUCAACAUUUAUGUCGAGCUUGUCGUGAAGGAUAUUGUUAUGAUUCUCAUCGACAAUAUCAACGAAGAAAUUAA